GUAAUUCCAAAAGGGAACCGAGCAGAAAUAGUAAUGGCGUCUCUGAACUCUUCGUAUUUGUGGAGGCAUUGCAAAGUUUUGGAGCUUACCAAAAACAUGAGGCUUUUUUCAGAACCUGAUAGUCGUGAAGUUGAGGAGAUUACAGAGUUCUCUAAAUGGAUAUUGGAUUUAGGAAAUGGGAAAAUUAAUGAGCCAAAUGAUGGAGAAAUCAUGAUUGACAUACCAAAGGAUCUUCUGAUUACUGAGUGCAACGAUCCUACUGAGUCUAUUGUUUCAGAAGUUUAUGGGAAUAAAUUCAAAGAUUCAAAAGACCCAAUUUUUUUCCUGGAAAGAGCUAUAUUGUGUCCAACAAAUGAAGAUGUUGACAUCAUUAACAACUAUAUGCUUGAUCACUCAACAGGUAUUCGUAAAGGUUGUUUUUGUUUUAAAUUUUUUCAAGCCUCGACACAGCAAGAAAUGUCUAUCUAUUAUUCUGCUCCCUUAUGUUAUGUCUUACGUUUCCCAUGUAGGUGAUGAAAGAAUAUUUUUGAGCUCUGAUAGCAUUGAUCCAGCUGAUACAAACUCGCAAGAUGACUCAGUUUUCACGCCUGAAUUUCUCAAUAGUAUUAAAAUUUCAGGGUUGCCUAAUCAUUGUUUAAGGUUGAGGAUUGGAACACCCGUGAUGUUAAUGAGAAAUCUUGAUUCUAAUGAUGGUUUGUGCAAUGGGACAAGGUUGCAGAUAAGUCAGUUGUCUUCUCACAUUGUUGAAGCAAAGAUUAUCACAGGAACUAGAGUUGGUGAAAGGGUAUUCUUACAUCGUAUUCUAAUCACACCGACGGAUUCUAAGAUUCCUUUCAAGAUGAGGCAUAGGCAAUUUCCAUUGAAAGUGGCAUUUGCAAUGACGAUAAAUAAAAGUCAGGGUCAAACACUUGCGAAGGUAGGUUUGUAUCUCCCUAGACCUGUUUUUUCACAUGGACAGUUAUAUGUGGCUGUGUCUCGUGUGAAAUCAAGGAAAGGAUUAAAGAUCCUUAUUACUGACAAGGAGGGGAAACCACAGAGUUCAACUAUGAAUGUGGUUUACAAGGAAAUUUUCCAGAACUUAUUUGAAGAUAAGGAAGAAUAGGUGAGUAUGUGUUUGAUUUAUGUUUUCAGUCGUAAGAUGGCGAGUCUUUACAAAGCGUGUCUAAUAAAGUAUGUCGUGUAAUAACCUAUUUCAUUUUUUUUUCCAGUGGAGCUACUUCAGUUUCUUUUGAUAAGGAUGUGCUGUAAUGAAGCUAUGAUCAUCUCAUGUAAGUGUGUAGAUAUAAUUUCUCUGCUGAAUGUCUUUAUCGGUUAUAUACUUGUAUUACAAAUAUUAUAUUACACAGAGGAUUUGUAUAUGUCUCUCAUUUAGCAAUCUCAUUUAAUCUUUUUCAGGACAUUGCCGACAUAUCAAAAGACACAAUUUGCAAGAAAAGACAAUGUAUACCUAAAGCACCAGAACUACAAUACAUGGCCAAGUCUACACAUGGUAGCAAAUUUUCUUAUUCAGUUAAAACAUUGGCUACGAGAAUAUCUAUCCUUUUUUAUAAUCAGAUUCUAUCAGAAAUGCCUAUUUAUUGGAUUAUUUAGAUUUUUUCAUUUCUCUUCAUAC